UUACGUAGAGGGCGGAGUCCAGUGUUAUUGAGUGCACUCGUUUUCUACUCCCGCGCCCCCAAACGGUGGCGUUUGCUCUAGUUCGGUUGUCUUGCGAUAAGAAACACAAUCUGCCGCUGUCAACCGGUGUCGUGCCGAUAGAGGAGUUUGCGGAAUUAAAUGAUGAUUCCGAUUGAGAAGUCAUCUGUCAUGGACUGAGCGUUUGUGCUGGCUGCCUGGGCAGAGGAUCCCUGUUGCUAGGGAGACUUCACCACAGAGACAUGGCACUUGAGAGAGCAAAUAGAGGAGGGGCCAGAAGAAACCCUCACCUAGGGUAAACUACAGAGACAGGAGAGAGAAGAAGUGGAGAGAGGAGAGGUCCAUAGAGGAAGAAAGGACUGAGGGAAGAGAAGGAGAGUCUGUCAGUCUCAGGAUGGGUUAUGACCUGGAGAGGUUUGUGGGGUACGUGAACGAGGGGCUUCUGUGCUGUGUGUGUCGGGAUGUGUUGGAGCGCCCCCUCCAGGCCCCUUGUGAACAUGCCUACUGCGACGCCUGCAUCAGCUCCUGGCUCAUACACCACCACUCCUGCCCUGAGGACAGACUUCCACUGGACAUCAGCACUCUGAGACCACUGCACAGGUACAUGCGUAAUGACCUGUCCAGGCUCCAGAUCCGUUGUGUUAACUCUGGCCAGGGCUGUGAUGCCGUCUGCUGCCUGGAGACACUUCACACACACGAGGACGAGUGUCCAUUCACCUUCAUAUCCUGCUCCUCCACAGGUUGUCCGGUGCAGGUGGAGAGGAGGGGUCUAGAGUCUCACCUGUUAGAGUGUGAGUUCCGCAGCAGGGCGUGUCCUAGCGGCUGUGGCCACACCCUCCUCUCUGUAGACCAAUCACAGCACAACUGUGUUGCGGAGCUACGAACAGAAUUGGAGCUGCUUAGGGCAGAGAUGUUGGGUAAGGUGGAGGAGGUGAGGCGUGAGAUGGAGUCGAGGCUGGACUCUCAGAGGAGACACAUGGUGCAGAAAGAGUCUAUGCUGAAGAGCGAGGUGGAAGACCUCAAGGGCCAGGUGUCGAGGGUGAUGUGUGAUGUGCGGGCAGAGCGCCUGCGGAGACAGGAGCUGGCAGAAGCGGAGCUAGAGAAGAGGGAGCUACUGGAGAUGCUCCGGAGCCUGCAGCCAUGCAGGGGACAGCGGAACAGAGACGAGCCAAUCAGAGGACUGCAUCAAGAAGACAGGACAAUUAGGAGCCAGCUUCAAGUGGAACACCCAACCAGGGGCCUGCUGAGGGCAGGGCUAACACAAUCACUACCCUCGGCUUUGCCUACUCCAGCCUUAUACCUGCCUACCUCCCCACAGCCAGGGGAGGGGUCACGCAAGGCCCGCCCCCGCAGCCUUACCCUCGACUGCAUCAAGAGCAGAGAGGUCACCGUCAUCUGAGGGGCCAUUCCUAAUGUUACUGGGUUAUGUUCAGUACUGGGUUUGUACUGAGUACUGAGUACCGUCUCAAAACAUUUUUAUCUGGUGUGGCAUCCCCUGAACGCACCCUUGAUGAUUGGCAGAUACCUGUGACAUUGCUUCAACUCAGUGAAAACCAGCCUGCUGAGAUCCUAAAUAAAGUCUGCUGAAACACCUCUGAUCUCUGGUCCUCUUAAGGUACAAUAGUCUUACUCCAUCUACUCUAAUGGAUUGGAAUUAUAUACAGCUC